AUGCCUAUUUCUGGUCGGGAGAAGGGACGCAGUCCGAGAUCUCGUAGGACAGAUGAUGAAUUCGUCGUGUUUCUCCAGGGGAUUCCAGCACACUGCCGCUGGCAAGAACUGAAAGAUCUAGUCCGCCAAACCGCACUUCACAUCCGACAAGCCGUUGUAUACGAUGAUAACCACGGGUUUCCUACCGGACUAGGUCAAAUUAUCGUGAAGAACGAAGAUGAAGCAUGGAGAACUUAUCACCGGUUAUCAACCAACGGAUGGGAAGGUCAAAGUCUGGUCGUUACUCUAGCACGUACCAGUGCACCCACGAAACCCAUUGCUGGACCUACUCGAAGUCCACCAGCCAUGAUCCAGGGCUACGUGUCUGGUCAUUCGACUCCUUCUCGAUCACACGGUAACAUGACUUUACCGCCAUCACCCAUCUCACCCGAAUCAGUCCAUUCCCCAAGUCCAACAUACCCAUACCCCGAUUUCGGACAAAUGAUGGGCCCAAUUCCAAUGCCACAACCAUUCAUGCCCAUGUUGCCGGAUCCAAUGUCCCAACCAAUGCCAUGCUUCCCACCCUCCCCUAUGAUGCACUGCUCAAUGUUCGAUUCUCCAGGCUGGAACAUGAUGCCUAUGUACCCCGUCUCUCCCAUCCAAUCUUUACCAGAUUGUAACAAAGACGGGUAUCCAAGUCCUCAUCCACGAAAACCAUGGAGCAACCAAGACGAAGUUUUUACAGGAAUGGGCGAUCUAGCUGAACGCGCAGUGUAUAUCAAGAGCCUGAGCGCAUCGACCACGACCGCAGACCUAACCCGCCUUCUGUCGGGUGCCGGAACAGUCGAGCAGUGCAAUGUGACCGUGACAGCAGAUGCAAAUGAGAACGAAGCGCAGACGCACGGUUCAGCGAUUAUGCGCAAUGCGGAUGAGGCGCGACGAGCCGUGACGAUGCUGAACAAUAUGACAUUUAUGGGGAUGCAGAUCCGCGUGAAGACGGAUACCCGACCGAUUGUUGCGCGUAGUGGAAGUUGGGAUGGGGCGACCGUUGUCGAGGAUGAUCUUGUGCAAGGUCUUUCUGAGUUCGGUUUACAGGAAAAGGUGAACGCAGUCAUCAAUUGUGGUCACCCUGCACCGGAUGCUCUGCCUAGGAGGGGUGCUGAUCGAAAGCCUCUUGUAGUUGAUGGAUCGGGACAGCGGAGGCAGUCAUUAGAGAUGUUGUCAACUUCGGCGCCUACCUAA